AUGGCUCAGGAGUCAAUGACCUGUAUGGCUCAGGAGUCAAUGACCUGUAUGGCUCAGGAGUCAAUGACCUGUGGCUCAGGAGUCAAUGACCUGUAUGGCUCAGGAGUCAAUGAACUGUAUAGCUCAGGAGUCAAUGACCUGUAUGGCUCAGGAGUCAAUGACUCUCGAGUCAAUGACCUGUAUGGCUCAGGAGUCAAUGAACUGUAUGGCUCAGGAGUCAAUGACCUGUAUGGCUCAGAGUCAAUGACCUGUGGCUCAGGAGUCAAUGACCUGUAUGGCUCAGGAGUCAAUGAUCUGUAUGGCUCAGGAGUCAGCCAACAUGGCUCCAGAGUCAAUGAUCUGUAUGGCUCAGGAGUCAAUGACCUGGUCAAUGACCUGUAUGGCUCAGGAGUCAAUGAUCUGUAUAGCUCAGGAGUCAAUGACCUGUAUGGCUCAGGAGUCAAUGAUCUGCAUGGCUCAGGAGUCAAUGACCUGUAUGGCUCAGGAGUCAAUGAUCUGCAUGGCUCAGGAGUCAAUGACCUGUAUGGCUCAGGAGUCAAUGACCUGUAUGGCUCAGGAGUCAAUGACCUGUAUGGCUCAGGAGUCAAUGACCUGUAUGGCUCAGGAGUCAAUGAACUGUAUGGCUCAGGAGUCAGCCACCUGUAUGGCUCAGGAGUCAAUGACCUCAUGGCUCAGGGAGUCAGCAACCUGUAUGGCUCAGGAGUCAAUGAUCUGCAUGGCUCAGGAGUCAAUGACCUGUAUGGCUCAGGAGUCAAUGACCUGUAUGGCUCAGGAGUCAAUGAACUGUAUAGCUCAGGAGUCAAUGAACUGUAUGGCUCAGGAGUCAAUGAACUGUAUGGCUCAGGAGUCAAUGAACUGUAUGGCUCAGUGUCAAGGAAUAACCCAGCAAGACCAGCCAACCUACCAACUGAAGACCAAGAACGACACCGAGACCUGCUAUUCGAGACCCAGAACGACACCGAGACCUGCUAUUCGAGACCCAGAACGACACCGAGACCUGCUAUUCGAGACCCAGAACGACACCGAGACCUAUUAUUCGAGAUCGAGGCCGAAACCAAUCGCAAUUGA